CGGGAGUCGCGCCCCGCCUUCUCCGGAGACUGCCGGGCCGGAGCGGCGGGAGCCCGGACAGCCAGCGCCCGCCGUCGCCCGCCGGGCUCGCACGGGAGAGCGGGGAGGAGAAACUUUGCCUCUUAUUGUUGUUUUUACUCCUUAAGUGUAAGGAACUCUGUUGGGAGGAAGAAUGUCCUUCUUCAAUUUCCGUAAGAUCUUCAAGUUGGGGAGCGAGAAGAAGAAGAAGCAGUACGAACAUGUGAAGAGGGACCUAAACCCCGAGGAGUUUUGGGAAAUUAUAGGAGAAUUGGGCGACGGAGCCUUUGGGAAAGUGUACAAGGCCCAGAAUAAAGAGACCAAUGUUUUAGCUGCUGCAAAGGUGAUUGACACCAAAUCUGAAGAAGAACUUGAAGAUUACAUGGUUGAAAUUGAUAUAUUAGCAUCUUGUGAUCACCCUAAUAUAGUGAAGCUUCUAGAUGCCUUCUAUUAUGAGAACAAUCUUUGGAUCCUCAUUGAAUUUUGUGCAGGUGGAGCAGUGGAUGCUGUGAUGCUUGAGCUUGAGAGACCAUUAACUGAGUCCCAAAUACAAGUAGUUUGUAAGCAGACUUUAGAGGCAUUGAACUACUUACAUGAUAAUAAAAUCAUCCACAGAGACCUAAAGGCUGGAAACAUUCUUUUUACCUUAGAUGGAGAUAUUAAGUUGGCGGAUUUUGGAGUAUCAGCUAAAAACACAAGGACAAUUCAAAGGAGAGAUUCCUUUAUCGGCACACCCUAUUGGAUGGCUCCUGAGGUAGUCAUGUGUGAAACAUCUAAGGACAGACCCUAUGACUACAAAGCUGAUGUUUGGUCCCUGGGUAUCACUUUAAUAGAAAUGGCUGAGAUAGAACCACCUCAUCAUGAAUUAAAUCCAAUGCGAGUGCUGCUAAAAAUAGCAAAAUCUGAGCCCCCUACAUUAGCACAGCCAUCAAAAUGGUCUUCAAAUUUUAAGGACUUUCUAAAGAAAUGCUUGGAAAAGAAUGUGGAUUCCAGGUGGACUACAUCUCAGCUACUGCAGCAUCCCUUUGUGACUGUUGACUCCAACAAACCAAUUCGAGAAUUGAUUGCAGAGGCAAAGGCUGAAGUAACAGAAGAAGUUGAAGAUGGCAAAGAGGAGGAUGAUGAUGAGGAAACAGAAAAUUCUCUGCCAAUACCUGCAAGCAAGCGUGCCUCCUCUGACCUUAGUAUUGCGAGCUCUGAAGAAGAUAAGCUUUCACAAAAUGCUUGUAUUUUGGAAUCUGUCUCAGAAAAAACAGAACGUAAUACUUCUGAAGAUAAAUUUAACAGUAAAAUUCUUACUGAAAAACCCACCACCGAUGAACCUGAAAAUACUGUGGUAGGCAUUAAUGAACAUGUUAAUGAUACUCAUUUAGAAGCUAUGGCUGAACUUCAUAAUAGAGCAACAGUAAUCGAGGAAAAUGGGAGAGAGGAGAAGAGACCCAAGCUUGAAAAUCUACCUGACACAGAAGACCGUGAAACAGUGGACAUUAAUUCAGUCAAUGAAGGAAAAGAAAAUAACAUAAUGAUAACUUCAGAAACAAAUAUUGAACAGAAUCUGAAACCUGAGGAAGAAGGGGAUCAAGAAAAGCAACAGAUAUUUGAAAAUAAGUUUAUAAAAUCUGAAGAAAUUGAAGACACUGCUAUUCAGACAAUGGAUUUAGUUUCUCAGGAGACUGGAGAAAAGGAGGCAGAUAUUCAGGCAAUUGAAAGUGAAGUUGAGUUUACAAAGGAAGACACCCUCGAGGAAUUGGGAAGGGAUGACAAAACUGAAAAAGAUAUGAUCAGUGAUACAAGCAAAGUGAUAGGAACAAAUGAGGCAGAAGACGUUGCUCAGAAGGCAACUGAAAACAGUGCUGAGGAUGCUCAGAGUAAUGAUGGGAAAGAAGUGGGUGAAGUAGGCCAGAUAUUAGUGGUCAAGUCCACAGAGGGUCCUGAGGCUGGUGGUACUGAAGAAGUUUCUAUUAAAGAAAUAGUUGAAACUAAUGAGAUAGAUCAAAACUCUGUAGAAGGUAAAGGUGAGGAACAGUUAAUCAGCAGUUCAGAGAACAUAGUGGAGACCAAUGAGGAGCUCGGGACAAAUGAAGUUGAGAUUACUGAAUCGAGUAGCACUGAAGGAAUGGAGGUCAGAAGUGCGGUGACUGAUAGUGACCAAAAGGCUUUAGGAAGUGAAACUCGGGAUGCUCAUGAAGCCACUGCUCAGAUGGACACAGAGCAGAAAGAUAUCCCGUGCGAAGUGCCAAUUAAGGCAGAACCUCAAGUUCCUGCCACUUCACAGUCCAGUGAACCUCAGCCUGUUCUAAUACCCAGUAUUAAUAUCAACCCUGAAGAUGCAGAAAAUAAAGGAGAAAUAGGUGCUUUAUCAAAAACUGAAACCAUGUUACCAGAAUCUGAGAAUCAAAAGGAAAAUGAUACUGAUUCAGGCACUGGUUCCACUGCUGAUAAUAGCAGCAUUGACUUGAAUUUAUCCAUCUCUAGCUUCCUAAGCAAAACUAAAGACAAUGGAUCAAUAUCUUUACAAGAAACAAGAAGACAAAAGAAAACGUUGAAGAAAACACGCAAAUUUAUUGUUGAUGGUGUCGAAGUGAGUGUAACAACAUCAAAGAUAGUUACAGAUAGUGAUUCCAAAACUGAAGAAUUGAGGUUUCUUAGACGUCAGGAACUUCGGGAAUUAAGAUUUCUUCAAAAAGAAGAGCAAAGAGCCCAACAGCAGCUCAAUGGCAAACUGCAACAACAGCGAGAGCAAAUUUUCCGGCGUUUUGAGCAGGAGAUGGUGAGCAAGAAACGACAAUAUGACCAAGAGAUUGAGAAUCUAGAAAAACAGCAGAAACAGACUAUUGAACGUCUAGAACAAGAACACACAAAUCGCUUACGAGAUGAAGCCAAACGCAUUAAAGGUGAACAAGAGAAAGAGUUGUACAAAUUUCAGAAUAUGUUAAAGAACCGAAAGAAAGAGGAACAAGAGUUUGUUCAGAAGCAACAACAAGAAUUAGAUGGCUCUCUGAAAAAGAUCAUCCAACAGCAGAAGGCAGAGUUAGCCAAUAUUGAAAGAGAGUGCCUGAAUAACAAACAACAGCUCAUGAGAGCUAGAGAAGCUGCAAUUUGGGAGCUUGAAGAACGACACUUACAAGAAAAACACCAGCUGCUCAAACAGCAACUUAAAGAUCAGUAUUUUAUGCAAAGACAUCAGCUACUUAAGCGCCAUGAGAAGGAAACAGAACAAAUGCAGCGUUACAAUCAACGACUUAUUGAGGAGUUGAAAAACAGACAGACUCAAGAAAGAGCAAGACUGCCUAAGAUUCAGCGCAGUGAAGCCAAGACUCGCAUGGCCAUGUUUAAGAAGAGUUUGAGAAUUAACCCAACAGCAACACCAGAUCAGGAUCGUGAAAAAAUUAAACAAUUUGCCUCUCAAGAAGAAAAGAGGCAGAAAAAUGAGAGAAUGGCUCAGCAUCAAAAACAUGAAAAUCAAAUGCGGGAUCUUCAGCUGCAGUGUGAAGCCAAUGUCCGAGAACUGCAUCAGCUGCAGAAUGAAAAAUGCCACCUCUUGGUUGAGCAUGAGACUCAGAAACUAAAGGAGUUAGAUGAGGAACACAGCCAAGAAUUAAAGGAAUGGAGAGAGAAAUUGAGACCUAGGAAAAAGACACUGGAAGAGGAGUUUGCUAGGAAACUACAGGAACAGGAAGUGUUCUUUAAAAUGACCGGGGAGUCUGAAUGCCUUAACCCAUCAACACAGAGCCGGAUUUCCAAAUUCUAUCCUAUUCCUAGCUUGCAUUCCACUGGAUCGUAACAAUGGGAAGCAUUCUGUGGUUGGGUUUGUCUUCUUAAGUAUGUCAUUCUGUUCUCUUCAUCUUCUGCCAUAGUCUGUAUCAGAGAGCUCACGAAGACAAUCACCUGCCUCACCUUCCAGAUGUUUUUUUGUUUGUUUUGUUUAGCAAAGAUAAAGGGAAAGGCACUAAGACAGAUGCUGGGCCAUGCUGGCAAAGUAGCAUCUUGCAGUAAUUCCCUAAGGUGAUUUUUGUAUAUAAUCUUAAAAAUUGUGUUGUUUAGAUACUGUUACCUGAAAAACUGGUAGAGAGAUAAUGUUUAAAGUUAUUUAAAAAAACCCUGUUACGUCACUUAAGUAUUACUGAAUAUCUUUUUUCCUGACUUAACUUCUCAAUGAUGCCUAAAAUCUAUAGUUGAAACUGCUGUAGAGAGUUGGAUUAAUUUUUUGGUGAAUCAGCUCUCAUGAAAAAACUAUGAGUUGCUCAAAAUAUGAUAUUGAUUCAGUAAAUAAAUUUGUUACCUUUAAAUGUUAGCAUCAAACUCUUUUAAAAGAGAAAAAUUAUUUCAAUAAUUUGUCUAAAAUACCUGUUUAGACAUGAGCUAAUAAUUAAGGGUGCUGGUUUUAUUAAAAUAGUGCCUAAAACACUAAAUUUCAGUUGAGUCUAAAAUUGCAUUUCCUUUUUUGAUUCAACAGGGACAAAACACCCUUAGCAUUAAGCAUUAUUUUUUAAAUCUUGCUCCUAUUACCAAUUGAUAGAAAUUUUCAUCCUAAAGUAUAUGUUGUACAAAGUUGGAAAGAUGAAAAAAAUAAACGGUAGCUUUUAGAUGUCCAAAUUGGAAAUGUAAAACUCACCAAAUGAAAAAAAAUACGGAUAUAGCUAUCUCAGCUUAUUUCCUAAAAUAAUACAUGAGCUGGUUAAAUGAAUUCUCCCAUCUUAGCAAAUUCUGUUUAAAACUGUUGGAGGCUGGCAGGCUCUGGGUUAUAUUUAUGAAUAUAUUUUUAUGAAAUUAAUCUUAAAAGAGGCAUUUGUUCAGAAUAGUUUUUAAGAAUUUAAAAUAUUUAGGCAAAUAUCAGAAAUGACUUUUCGUUGUUUUGAGAUCAAGUCAUUUAUAUUUUGGUUUUGUUUUGUUCCAUGUUUAAAUUAUUUACUUUGAUUUGAGUGGGAAAAGCCUGAAACCUUUAUCAUGAGGGUGCUGAUACGUGUAAUUAUUAAUGAAAUGUUCACUCUAGUCCCUUUUGAGGGUUAGAAUUUCAAGCACGUGUCAGCUCGAAACAGUAUUAUAAACCGUAUUUCGGGUGUGAGACAGUCCAUUUGUAGACGAAGCUUGCUGCCUGCCAUGUGCGCCUGUUCUGUCAUGAGUGCCAGGUACCAAAUUGUAGAAAUUUCAGUUUUUCGUUAUAUUACAUUUGAGGCUCGUGAAAAAUGCAAAUGCAACUUUGUGGGAACACUGAUUCAUGUUAAGAAAAUGUAAAUAUCUGUAGCACUUUCUUGCAGUUAAUUUGAAAACUUUGAAUGCUGAACCUUAUUUUUUCAGUGGUUUAGAUGAUUUAAAAAUGCAUGUGAUUUUAAUUUUGUAAUUGUUUUGACAAGCAUAAUUUACUUGGACAACUUUGUAGGUAGCCUUAACUUCUGGCCAAGUUUGUUUUUUAUAUAAAUAUAUAUACAUAUAUAUAUUAUGUAUGGUUGUAAAUUCAUACACUUAUCACAUGAAUGUGUUACUGUAUACGAAACUCUUUUAAUGCUUUAUUCUCAAAUGCUGGGUUGAAAAAUGUUUUGAAAGACUUUUAAAAUAUAUAUCUUUAUAAAGUAAUGUUCAGGGUGAUGAUGGAAAUUGUUUAUAUUGUUAUGAUAGAAAUGACAGUAUAAUGUUACCCAGUGUAUUUAAUGAUUUAUUUGAAGAGGGAGAGAGGAAGAAAGUUCUCAUACCACUUUCUCCUUUGAAAUUUUCAGUUUAUUGGCUUUUUAAAAAUUAAUACUUCAGGCAGUGGACAUUUUUUCAGUAUCGUUUAAAGGAUAUCCUGUGUGCUGAAUAGUUUAUGGCACAUAAUUAAUUUGGUCUGAAUAUUUGGUUUUCUUCCUUUCAAGUUGACAGAGUAUUGAAUAAAGAGGCUCAGAGUAGAACGAUUGACACGCUGGUAAGUUUGUUAGCACCUCUUGCAUCUCCCGUAAAACUGCCCUUUGGAUUCCUUGUUCACGCUCGAGUUCUCUUUCAAAAGUGACCAGACCAUGUGCAUGUAGGAGCAGGACUACAGAAUGAUAUUCAUGUAGAGGUAAAAACCUUCAUUUUAAUACUUAAAGUUACAUAAAUCUUUUCAAAAGGUAUUUUGUUGUAUAGACCAUGCUGUUUGUACCCAUCCCUGCCCACUUCUUGCUGUAGGCCCUGUAUUCACGUACAGAAGUGUGAUCCUUCUCUCUUGCAUGAAGUGUAGGUGGGGGGUUGGGGAGGGACACAGACAUCUUUGAAAUCAAAGAGUGCAGUCAAAGGCAUUCCUGAGUUGGUGGUUUUGUUGCUGUGGCAGAAUGUGCUAUGAAAUGCAUAGAAGAAAUUCUCCAUGUGUGCCCCCUAAUUACUCAGCCUCCCCUCCUCUCCCUGCGUGCUGUGGACACGCCAGGCCACCACGCUUCUGCAGGUCUAGCUCAUGGAGCUCGUUGCACCAGGUUGCCUUUCCUAGUCCUGUCAAUCCAUGGUCGGGUGUGAAUUGCUGAAUUAGCCGCUAUACUAUAUGGACUCACAGUUAAGCUUUUUCUUACCAUGUUCUAUGGGGAAGCUAUAGGGUGGGUAAGGAGGAAAUUUGGAGUGCUUAUACCUUGCUGAAAAUGUUGAAACUUUCCUGUGACAGGAUACAGCAAAUUGUAAUUAAAUAUAAACCAGAACCAGAGCUACCUCUAAGUAGUGUUUCCUCAAGCACAAAGCUCUCAGGCAUAUGAGACCCACUGUGAUGGAGGGUCUCUGAUCUCUUGAGCAUCAGUGAGUUUCAGAAGUGAUUGUCUUUUGUAGUCUCCUAGUUCCCUUGUAACUACACACUUUUUUCCCCAUUCCACACUGUGCUUAAAUGACAAAGACUCUUCUGAGAAGCCAAAUUCUGUCAAAUGAUUAGCUAGAGAUAUUGUUGAUUACAGGGAAAUGUAGAGCUGUGAGGUGGAGGCGGCGAGCUCUGUAGUUCCAGUUCUAAUAGGCUUCUGGUUGAAUAAAUCAGUUCUUUCCUGGGAAAUGAUCUUUUAUAGGAAAUGGGAUAUUUUAAAUGCUUUUCUUAAGUUGAAGGCACAACAGUUAAUGCCACUACUGUUGCUAUCCUGUGGCUGACAUGGUUUUGAUACAGCUUUAAAACUUCUGUUACCAAGCUUGGGGUAGAAUGUGAUACCAGUUUUAAAUGUUGGCUGUAGCUUUUUAUAAUCCUUCUCUGAUUUGCAGUGUAAUAACUUCACAAGCUAAAUUUUCAGAAAGAAUUUUGUUUCAGAAAAUGCCUCUUGUCUAUUUGGGAGCAACAUGUCUUUUCAAUCAUGGGGUUGGCAAAUGAAAAAUAAAGUUAUUUCUUACUCUA